AUGGAGAGCUUCAAGCACGUCUUCCUUAUCCCGUCGGACGGGGAAUUUGCUCCGACAGACGGAGGCCUGCAAACUGCAGCAACGGCGUGGGAUGAAUGUACGGCGGGGGACGAUAGUAGCAGCAGCCACUGCGGCAACACCACCGGCAGCAGCAGCAGCAGCAGCACACUUGCUGCUGCAGCAGCAGCCGCAGCAGUGGUGUCCUGCAGGGUAGGAGAGGAGGCCAAUGAGCAGCGCCUGUUGUGCGGAGGCGUUCAGGCAGCGACCGAGCAGGUAGCAGCAGCAGCAGCAGCUGCUGCUGCUGCUGCAGUAGCAGCUGCAACAACGGAAGGAGGCCCCCUCGCUUGCCGCGGAGGGGAGAAGGCGCUGUCAGUGGAGGCAGCACGUUCGCGGCGGUUGCCGGACGUAGAGGAGCUGCUGCUUUCUCGGCCUGCAGGAGUGCAGCAGGUGCAGCAGCAGGUGCAGCAGCAGGUGCAGCAGCAGGUGCAGCAGCAGAAGCACGAGGUGCUUUUGGGGCAGUUGCUGCAGCAGACGGCAGAUCAGCAGCAGCAGGGGCAGCACGGCCACAAGGCGAGGGCGUCAGGGGGAGAAAAACGCAGCAGCAAACAGAUCAGCGCCAGCAGCGAACGGCGACGCUACAGCCACUUGGCCCUGCAGACGGCACUUGUCACGAUGCUACACCUACAGGCGCAAGGUGGACUGCAACGCAAACCCGUCUUCCCCAAACGGAAUUUGAUGUGCUUGAGCUUCCUGCGGCUGGGCACCUGCCCCAAUCGAGAGAGCUGCAACUACGCACACAACAUGACGGAGUUGCAGAAGAAGCUGGAGCUGCGGAAGACUUCUUUGUGCAAGUAUUGGCUGAAGGGGAAGUGCGAGAAUGAAGAUUGCAACUUCGCUCACGGCGAACACGAACUGCAGUCCACAGUGGGCGUAUUCAAAACCACAAUCUGCAAAUACUGGAGGCAGGGCUGCUGCUACAGCGGAGAGCUGUGCAGACACGCGCAUGGAGAUGCAGACCUAAGGCCAGAGAACCUGCCGCCCCACUUGGAGCGGAAGAAGCAGCUGCAGCAGCAGUCUCGGCUGUCGGGCCGUAGCGGAGGGCAGCGUAAGGACCGCGCGGCAGCAGCAGCAGCAGCUGCUGCAGCAGCUGCUGCUGCUGCUGCAGGUGCAGGCGCGACAGCUGGAACGACGGCGACAGGUGGAGAUGGAGAGUCCCUGGGGGAGGGCCUCGAUAGACUGAAGGAGACAAGCGAUGCCACUUUGGAUCGGCUGCGGCAGGUUAUAUGCGGGGGCAUACUGUCGGAGGGAAGAUCAAACAUAGUAGUAUCUUCUUUAGAUUCUCUUUUAGCGGAGGUGAACAGCCUGAAGCGAUGGGACACGCAAGGCUCUACAAGCUCCGACCUGUCCACCGAUAUCCUGCAAUCACCAGCGUCAGAGUCCCCUCGUUGUUUGCCCUCAAGCAGCGGCACUGGGAUCUCCGCAGCCUCCCUUUGGAGUGUAUCUCCAGAGCAUAGCUUUUGCGCGCCUUCCGCAGCAGCAGCACCCGCAGCGGCAACCCCAGCAGCAGCACCAGCAACAGCAGCAUCACCAGCGGCAGGGGGCUUGGCGGGAGCGGGUACGGCAUGUGGCCUCACUCGGCAGGGGGGAGAUCCGGUUCCAGGGGCGUGUUUGCCGCGAUGUACAGACACUUCCACAUCGCCGUCAGACAACUCGGGGGCGGCUCGCCCUUCCUUUCAGAGUCCGCGGCGCAGUACGGAGCCCGCACCCAAGGCAGAGGCAUUAGUGGACGUACAGCAGGCCAUAGGCGCGUAUGUGAAGUCUUAUUCGGUGCAGCUACAGAGUUCGACCUCACCGUGGGGGUCCCCAACUUCUGGGGUAGGGGUGCCCCCAGGCCUCGAAGACCUGUACGGAGGACGGGUAGGGGGAGGAGGACCAGAGGAGCCGCACUGUCGCCUCGCUACGCGCAGAUGUGACUCGGACGAGCAAGUGCCGCGAGGCAGCAGUUUGGGGCUGUGGCAAUGCAAGGAGGAGAACCUUUUUUCGCUGUCGUCGCAGACGACUGCGCUGGGGAGCAGCGCAGGAAUAGAAGACAGCAGCAGCUGGUCAGCAGCAGCCUGGUAA